GUAAACAAACCACCCGUCCAGUCAAAACAAACCAUGACAAAUUUAUGCGGCUUAUGAAGCUUGAACUUCCAAAAUACCUCGAAUGGAUCUUUUUCAGAGUUGUCGUCGAGGAGAUCUCGAUCGAGUGAGAUAUCUUGUGGAAAAUGGAGAAACGGAGUUGAACCUUAGAGACCACUGGGAUAGCACACCAUUGUACUAUGCCUGUCUGUGUGGUCAUCAUGAACUGGUGGAGUUCCUCUUACAAAACGGGGCUCGUUGUGCGCCGAACACGUUUGAUGGAGAACGCUGUCUGUAUGCGGCCCUCACAGACAAGAUAAGAGGUCUUCUAAAGAGCUACAAAGCCAUCACGUCUGAAUGUAUGAGAAGAGACUCGUACAGGGAAUUUCUCAGGAGAUGCCUGGCGGACUCACCCUAUGCAGAUGUCUGUUUCUUGGUACAUGGUGUACCCAUGCCUGCCCACCGUGUGAUUCUAAAUGCGCGGUCUUCAUACUUUGCUCACAUGUUUAUGAGUAAAUGGCGGGAUCGUCCCAUCAUUGAACUCAAACACAAACUGGUGAAACCCUGGGCUUUUGAAGCAAUUCUGCAGUACUUGUACACAGAUCGACUGUACAUCGAGAUGGAUAAGAUUGACGACUGUAUCCGACUGGCGCGCCAAUGCAAACUGGAAUAUCUCAAAUCACAACUGGAAAUCAGACUCCGCAGUAUCCAACUGUUUGGGAUGUCUAAAACAAGGACCUGCUCCAUAACAGUGGUGAGUAUUGAACCUGAGUCCCAGUCCACGGGCUUGCAAGAUGCAUUCGGUCGACUGGCUGAGUUUGCGCUGCCCACUGCCUUGACGUCCCAGGUUUUNCCAAGGCCUUUUCCGCUAGAGAUAUCCUCGGAUGUUUUUGACGUUUCAGUUUUCUGUGAGGAGCCGCCGCUUUAUGCCGACGUGUGUUUUAUCGUGGACAACCGCACAUUUUACUGUCACAAGGUGUUUUUCUGUGGAAGAAGCGAUUAUUUUCGAGCAAUGUUGGAUGGACACUUCUCGGAAUCAAGCUCACCAGGAAAGCAACUCUUCAGCGCCUCCAUUCCUGAGGUGUAUCUUAACGACGUAUCACCUGAUGUUUUUGCGGCUGUUGUUGCAUUCAUUUAUCAAGAUGACGCACUGGUAACAGAAGAAAACGUGUACAGCGUGCUGUGUUUUGCAGAUGUCUAUCUGUUAAAUGGCUUGAAGCGGCUUUGCGCGCGUGCAAUCAGCACGUUUCUUGACACAGAAAAUGUUUUGACCGUGUUAAGAACUUCACGCCUCUUUAACCUGCCCAAACUCGAGGCGGAUUGCUGCGAAUACGUCAGUAAACACUUAGAAAAGUUGAUCGACGACGAGGAAUUCCACUCACUAAUCCUUGAAGAUGUGUCUUCUGUUCGCAAUCGCCAACAGACGGAUUCCAUUCCCGUUGUGGACGAUAUUCGCUUCCAUUUAUUCAAAAGUGUUCUUCCCAACGUCACGUCUGACGAGGAUGAGGACGGACAGUUUGACAGUGAAAGAAAACUUACCUUGUUUAAUAACUUGUUAGUACACCUUGGCAUCGAGUGUUAGACUGACCUGAAUUGGCGAAGUUGCAGUAUUUGACUGGAGAAUCAGUGGUUGUGGUAAUCACCAUAGCAACAAUUGACCACCGCUGACCUGUGUAUCGAGAGUUUCAACCUGCUUCGGACCCCGAUGCCGUUUAAUUUAUCGGUUGUUAUUGACCGCUGUGUGGCCAAUGAUGAAUCAGAUUGGGCGUUUCCGAAAAAUCGGUCAGCGGGUCAUGCUAAGGCUUACAAUAUUUUGCUGUGUUGUUUUAGGUUGUCGGUUGUUUACCAUUUAACGAAGGAAUUGGAAAUUGUGGUUCGAAUCUCAGAUAACUAUUUUUGUUUGCUCGCUUGCGGAGGUGCAAAAUUUUUUUAGAGUAAAUAAGAAUUCUUGACGGUUAAUAUUCAAAAUGGAAUGAACCAAACGAAAAAUGCACGGGCUUUUAUUUGCUUGAAUUUCUGCCUUGGCUCCUCGCAACAAGGUUGCCAAAUCUCUGUUUGGCGUUUGACUUCCCACUUCACUGAUAAACAGCCAUGCUUGCUUCGGGCGCGUUUAUGUAAAUUUGUAUCUCAAAGAAUUCAUAUAAGCAGGUCGUUUUGGCAUAGUAUUUGUAAAGUAUUCGUGUUUUAUACCAGUCUUUUUUAUAGAAUUUCUAGUGCUCCAGGAGCAGUUGGUCUCACCGGACUACCAGAAAACUGAGGAAAAAAUUGAAACCUUUUUUUUUUCUAUCCAACUGAACAAGGUCGUGGUUAGACUAAAAUACUGGUGUUCAAUUCUGUCACUAAUCUCACUGAUACUCGUUAGAAAAAAGCUUUUGUUGAAGACAGGUCAAACUUCGCCAGUUUCAGAUUUUGAUGAGAGUAAAGUUAUGGUAUAUUUGCAUCAGGUUGAAAAUAAUUUAUAUUAUGCUAAAUUGGUAUGCAUAACUGAGAUUUGUAAGGUAUUAAGAUGUUAAGAGAAAUGAGCAGCUUUAUUAGAUAUGGCUGCCUUUACGUCUUGUCAUUGUGAAAUAAAACAUGUGCAACUUUUA